ACUCCAUUUCCGUUCCUAGCUCUAGACCCUCCCUAUUCCAAAUUAUCUCUCAUUUUUCUGGGGUUAGGGUUUCAUUUUCCGCCAUGGCCGAGGAGAUCGCAGCAGCAGCAGCAGCGAAGUCGCCGGCGGCGAGCUUCAUGGCGAUGAAGGCGCAGGUGGUGGUUCCCGUGCAGAAGGCGGAGGAGGCGGUGGCCUUCUACAAGGCGGCGUUCGGAGCUGAGGAGGUGAAGAGGUCGAUUUACCCCAAGCGCAAGGCCGAUCAAGAGAUCCCUCCUGUUCUCUGCGCUGAGCUCAAGGUCGGCGGUUCCUGCUUCCUCGUCUGCGAUCAGACCGAUGAUCUUGCCGUAGCUGUAGGCUUGGUGUUUCGCCUGAAGACCGACGACGUGGAGGCUGCGAUCUCAACUGCAGUGACUGCUGGAGCUGCGAUCACAUCAGAGAUUACUGAGAACGAAGAUGGAUGCUACGGUGGAGUCGUCGGCAAGGUGAAGGAUCCCUUUGGCGUUUCCUGGAUCGUUGCAUCUGACGGCGAGAAGAGGUCUGUUGAGCCUCAGGCUGCUGCUUAAAAACCCUAGUCAUUUUGGUGGGUUUUUUUUCUUCGGGAAGAAGGUAGUAAGCAGUAUUAGUACUAAUUCUGGAUGUCUGGUAGUUAGUUUGAAAGUGAACAGUGGUGGUGUUUUUAGUAUGGAAAGCUUGCGAUGUGCGUUGAUUAAAACUUUUUGACUAUUGGUCAUUUACCAUCUUACAUCUUUGGGCUCA